AUGGCGGACGUUAAGGAUCCUCUUCUGCCCCAGGCGAAAGCCAUUACUACCACUACCACUACCACUACUAAGAGUACUGCCAUGCAGGAUGCAAACAUGGCAACACAAUACGAGAAGAUGGCGCGGCAAUCACGACAGCACAAGUUCCAAAUCGCGGCGUUUGUCUUUCUGCUCAGCUUGUUUUGGAUGGCGCGGUCGUGGAAUAGCGAGCAUGAGCAUCUGGAGGUGGAUACAAAGGUCCCACUGGAAAUCCACAUCAUGUCAAAGUGUCCGGAUGCGCGGGACUGUAUGCAGAAGCUAAUUGUGCCGACCAUGGAGGAAGUGGCGGAUAAAGUAAACUUCACCAUGAGCUUUAUCGGAACCCCCUCCCCCACCGACGACGACGUCCAAUGCCUCCACGGCCCCAGCGAAUGCCUAGGAAACAUCCUAAUGCUCUGCGCCGCAACCACCUACCCCGACCCCAAACUCCACCUCGGCUUCUCCAACUGCCUACUCGCCGACUACGCCGAAAUCCCCGCGCGCAGCCUGGCCGAAGACUGCGCGCUCGAACACGGCCUCGACUUUGACACGCUCAACGAGUGCAUGAGCAGGGAUAGCGGCGGCUACGGCAUGGGCUUGCUCAGGGAUAGCGUGCUGCGGAGUCAAGAGGUCAAGGCGCGGACGAGUUGUACCGUGCGCUUGGCGGGCAAGGUGAGGUGUGUGUUUGAUGGGGGCGAGUGGAGGGAUUGUGAGGGUGGGGAGAGGCCUGGGGAUUUGAUUGCGGAUAUCAAGAGGUUGUAUGAUGAGGCGAGGGGGUGGACGUAUUGA